GCACGCUAUCUCUCGGGGGGGAUUUUCGGUUAAGUGGAUUUUCGCCGUCGUCUCACUUUCUGUCGAGGGAAUGUGGUGGGACGCGAUGUGUGGCCAUUAAUCGGGCGUGGAAGGGCUAACUAAGGCAAUGGGGUAGGAAUGUGACCUCCACGUCGCUCAAAAUCGAUGUCAGGAGAACAAGGUGAAGAGGGAAUUGAAAGACUGGACAAAGGAGUUUUUAUCAUGGGUGAGGAGAGCGAAGACGACUAUGGGGAAGCAGCAUCUUUACCCCCUGUGAAGAGGAUUCGAGUGACACAGAUGGAUCUCCUGAACCAUUUGUUGAAUGAGGUAAUGGAAAUCAGAACAUGUAUGAACACGCGCCUUACAUCGUUGGAGACCAAAGUUUCAGUCUUGGUUCAGACUUGCAAUAGAAUUGCAACCAAGCUAGAUGCAGUGGAACGGAACAUUGGAAAACAACCAGAACAAUCCAUACCGGUAGAAAUCCCAGCUGAGAUGUCCAAUGCACCAAUUUUAGUUCAGGAUGCCGACACAAGUAACCAUAUGAAUGUCAUAUCCCUCAACUCUGAAGAGGACUUCCCACACGGGUCAUGGCUGGGUGACCCUACGCAUCCCACAUUACGCGUGCGGUGUCCCAUUACGCCACAAAAUCUAUUGCACAUCAACUCCACCUGCAUCACAGCUGAGAAAAUGGCUCUGACACUUUUGGACUAUCUAUUCACGAAGGAAGAAUUGGCCUCUUCAAAUUUAUCUGGAAGAAGUAGGUGGAACAAAAGACAGUUAGAUCCCCUCAUGAUCUUUGGCAUACGCUGUCACCUUCAGUACAAAUUCAACAUCUCCAACAAGUUAUGGCACAAGAUCUGUCAGAACAUGGACUCCAAAUGCCGCUCUGCCUGGAAGCGGCGAAUGAGAGGCAUGGUGACACAGCCAAGAAAUAAUAGAAUUGGUCACACAUCGUCAGCGAGGAAGGAUCCAGGGGUGACGGAAGAUAUUUCCUUUGACUUUGACUCCCUCCAGAACUCAAACCUUGAUCUUAGUGAUGUCAAGGUAAUUGCACAGUCCCCUACAUGUGAAUUGCAAAUAUUGAAUGCCACUCCAGAGCAGAUAGCACAACUUCAGGACACACAGGAAAUAAUACUUUCUGAAGAACAAAUCCUUGCCCAGUCAGAGGGUGAAAAAGGUGUUCUUAUCAGCAACUCGUCAUCAGUGUCCAUGAGUACCGAAGUCAUGAGCGCAGAGGAACUCGACCCGCUGUCAAAUCAGGCCUCUUCUUUAGCUGUAAUGGAUGACACACAUCACCGCAUCACCCUCAAAACAGAGCCAGAACUAGCCAUUUUGGAUCAGCAUGGCAUACUGGCAAGGGACUCGGAAACGGAUGACUGAGAUCGAGAGUUUGAAGCAGUAUUGAAGGAAGUUUCUUCUUUUUUUUCUAUUACUUUUGGUUAUUUAUUGCAUUCCUCCCUUUGCUCCUACCUAGAGUUUCUGCUAUCUUUCAUUGCAUGAGCUGUAAAGAGUAAUUCUUUCUCUGAAACUUAUGGAAUAGAUAGCAAUGUCUUUCAUUGCAUGAUGUAUUGCAAAUAGGAUUUGAAAAAUGGCAGAAUACAAAAGUAGUGUGAUAAGCCGAGUCCUCUGAUGCAGAACCAUACUAGAAUUCAGACACUUGCUCAGUGUUGUGCCUAAUAUGAGUAAGUUGUUUUGACGAGGUGUUUGGUCUGUUUUGAGUGCCAAAGAAAUGCAGGUAUUUGUAGAGCUAGAAAAAGAAGGAAAAUAUAUUAAAUCACUAUGAGAUCACUUCUUUGCCAACAGGAGCACAAUUUUACCACAAAUAAAUCACUAUUAAUGUCCAAAAUAUCAUUAUUAUAAUUUUCUUUAUUAAAUACUUCACUAUGUUUCCAUUUUCAUUUAGCUUAGUAAUUAUCCAGAAACCUAGUUCCUAUUAUGAGACCUGCUUCUGUACAUUCAGUAUUCAUUAAGCAGCAUAUCAGUGAUUGUUAUUUAACAGUAAGCUUUAAGCUCAAUAAGUGAUAGUAUUUACUAAAUUAAGGGGGAAAUAUUGCUUGUAAGAACUUUGGGAACGACAUAUAAAGGUUGAAUGUGAUGAUCGGAAAUGCUCAGGGUUUCAUUGUUCUUCCUCACGUUUUAAGUUUCAGAUUGGUUGGUUGAUCUUUGGCUGUUUAGCUGAGUGUAAACUUAUUAUCAAUAUAUUUUGGGUAAAUAUACACAGUGGGUCCAUCCAGAAAUAAUUAGUGAAGUAGUUCAUUGUGUACUACCAGUUAGUUAAAAUUCCAAUGAAUAAAGUCGGUUUAUGUCAGUAACCAUAGUCAAAUACAAAUAAUGUUUUCAUUCAUUAGCAUAUAGCAUGUAAGAACAGUAAUUCACGUUCUGAACACGGCAGGUAUGCUCAGUCAGCAUCUAGUUGUAAAUUUGUAUCUUUUUCCAAUUCUUUUAAGCUGAGCAUUUUGGUUGGUGAUCUGUCCUUUAAUGUAUAUGAUUGUUACAGUGAUGAUAGCUGGUAUAAUAAAGACUUGCACAAAUAAUUGGUGCAGGUUGAAAA